AUGGUAAUCUUCUGUACAGGAUACUUAGUGUUUAAAGAUGUUGGAAGACCAUCCUUAGUUAAAAAGUCAAAUUCUGAAAAGGAUAUUGGAAAUUUGGGUCCUUAUGGUCCACCUCCAAGACCAGUCCCCAUGCUUAUUCCAGCAGAUUCAAAUGUUUCUUAUAAGGAUGAUAGAUUACCAGGAUGGACAGGGUUUACUGACAAAGCUAUUAGAGCUGCUUUUGUGAGGAAGGUUUAUUCAAUCUUGAUGUUACAACUCUUAUUUUCAUUAGCUGUCAUUGCAUUGUUUGUCUUUCAUGAGCGUGUUAAUCUGUUUGUGAGGCGUCACACAUACUUAUAUUAUGUAUCAUACGUCAUAUUUCUUGGAGUAUACAUAGCCUUAGCUUGCUGUGGAAAUUUGAGGAGGAAAUAUCCUACUAACAUUAUUCUCCUGGCCAUCUUCACAAUGUCAAUGAGUUAUAUGCUGGGAACUAUUUCCAGCUUUCAUGAAACCAGAGUUGUUCUAAUGGCUGUUGGUAUUUGUGCUGGCGUCUGCUUGGCAGUUACUGUGUUUUCAUUCCAUACUAAGUUUGAUUUUACAUCUUGUGGUGGUGUACUGAUUAUCAUGGUUUGGGUUCUGUUCUUGUUUGGAAUCCUUACAAUUUUCACACGUGAUUCGAUUUUGACAACAGUAUAUGCUGGUUGUGGAGCGAUGGUUUUUGUUCUGUUUUUAGCAUAUGAUACCCAGAUGUUGAUGGGAGGAAAGAAACAUGAGCUGAGUCCAGAAGAGCAUAUCUUUGCUGCAAUGCAGAUUUACCUUGAUAUUGUUUACAUUUUCAUGUUCCUUCUAAUGAUUAUGGGAUCUGGAAGGAAUAAUUAGUCAUUUACGUUAUGGUAAUAGUAGUGAAUAGAAGGUGCUGUCGGGAAAUCUGUUGUUGAAGCAGAAAGCUGUUGUUCAUUACUUGUUCUCUUUCUAUAUGUACACAUACGUAAAAUGCUUUCGUAAAUUUCUGUAAUUAUUUUCUGUAAGUAGUCAAUUAUUGUAUUUGGAAUUUUAAUCUGUUUAAAAUGCUAAUUGCUAGUUAAGUUGUCAUAGUUUUUGUUUCAGUAUUAAGAGCAUGAAAAAUGCUCUGUUAAUUUCAUGCUCUUUUUGCCAUGACAUUCACUUUUUCUUCUAAUAAAAAUGUUUAAUUCCAAAAAGGAAAAUGUCUUUUUGCAAAGUUGUUUUUUUUUUUUUUUUUUUUUUUUUUUUUUUUUUUUUUUUUUGUGUGUGUGUGUGGUGUGUAUGUAUGCUUUGCAUUUUGAAAUAUAAUUUAUAUUAUUGCAAAUAGUUUUCUUUAUUUAAAUAUUUUUAUAACAAGAUUAUUAUUCAGUUAUUUAAACUUUUUAUUUGUACUAAUUAAAUCAUACUACCUUUUACGAUGAACAAAAAAAAAAUUGCAUUACUUAAAAAAUUGAAAAAAAGGCCGCAUUUAUUUAUAAGUUACAUAUUAGAACUAAAGUUUUACAGAUUUUUUUAUCAAUCUAUGAGAAUUUAAAGCGUUUGUAAAAAUUUGCCUGUCGGUUAAAUUUUCAGAAGCAGUUAUUAAUUGUAUGAUUUGGUAUUUAAUAAAAUGUAUUUUUUAAGAUUUAGCUUUUGUUUAAUACUUUCCCAAAUAAAUUAUAUCUUUAAUAUGUAUAUAAAUGAAUUUUUUGGCUAUGAUUUGUAUAAUUCUGGUUUAGUUUGUAAAGACUGAUUGUAUUGUUUUAUUUUGAAUUUAUUAUGUUAAUCCAGCCAUGAGGAAUAAAAGUUGUUUCCCACCUUUA